GUUUGGGUGAUCGGAUGUAAGUGCUUCUGUGUUUGUCACUUGCAGGACUAAGCCUCCUCUGAAAAUGAAGUACCGUUAUUCCUUACAAUGGGGAGCAAGGAAUAGCAACCGCGAUUUCUGAUGAAGAACGGUAAAAAUGGACAGCUUUCCAUACACGACCUGAACAAACUGCGAUAUUAUUUAUUUGGGGGUUUAAGUCUCGGUAGCCGAGUCCUUCACAGCAUCAUGGCAUCGUGCACUUUGAUAUACCGAGCGGGUGUUUUUCUAGUGAUGGUGCUCGGUCUUUUUAAACCUCUCCGUGCCGAAGCAUACUCUAACAGGACCGAUGUAGCCAGGGCUGCAUCUAGUACAGAUAUCUCUUAUUUUACUCCAAAUGUUACGGAUGGUUUGAGAGGUAGCACGGAUUUGCCAUCGGAACCCGGCAUGAGUUCCAUAACCGCCUCACCUAGCGCCUCCGAAGCAGGCUGGGGCGACUCAACAGCAACCGGCGGCACUGACUCCAUCUCCGGCUUUUCAAAGGAUAAGGAGCCGCUAGAAGAAGCCAGUACUGCCACCGGACAAAGUGGGCAGUCCAGCACCUUCGCUGAUCUAGAAAGCUGGGAGUCCCCCUCUCAGACUGACAGCACUUACAUUUCUACAACUUUCACAAGAGCCGGGGAGAGGACUUUGUUAUCCGUAAGCAUGAAUAGCACAUCUCCCUAUACUGGGGUCUCUGACUCCUCACAGCCUGCACAGGCUGAUACCACUGAUGUCGAGCCCAGUGAAAGUGGGGAAGGCAGCUCCCCUAAACAGUCUGAGUUUGUGGUAACUUCCACAGGACCCACGUCUAGAAAUACUUCUGAAGGGCUGAUUGAGUCCACCACCGAGCUCUCACAGAACGAAACAUCAGGUGGUAGCUUUCCAAAUGUAACGCAGUCAUCCACUGACACCACGUCAGUCAGCACGCCCAAUACCACUUUACCUUUCACUUCUCCAAGCAGUAAAAACACCACCACCACCACCACCAGCAACACUUCUGAACAGACGGAUGCUGCCGGUACAUCGCUGUCUUCCUCCACCUUAACCACAUCUUCCUCAUCGUCUUCAUCCACCUCGGGUUCAUCCACCUCGGAGUCGCUGCCACCAUCAUCUUCUGGUGACAGCGUUACAAACGGCACGCAGUUUUCAAGCGACUCCUCAGCAGCCCCUGUCACAAACACAGCUGUCGUCACUGAAUCUUCACCAGGGUCUUCGUUUACCGGGACGGAGGAUUACACGGAGAGGCCCCUGUCGCACACUGUAGAGAACAGCACUGGCUCAGCUGUGACCACUGUCCCAGAAGUGCAGACAGACACUGAGAGGCCGCUUGACGACUCUUCCACCAAACUCAGCUACUCCGGUCGCACAUCCACAAACAGCUCAUCCGUGGAGCCUUUCCCUACCGAAACCAACAGCACGGCUGAAACGACGGACAUCCUCGCUACAACCCAGGGUGGAAUCACACACAGGACAACAAUCUCUGACACCACGCAGCUGACUAGCACUGCUUCACCCAUGACAACCCAUCUCUAUCUGCCCAGCACAAUGGAGGAGUCUGAAACCGACGGAACUACUCCAUUCACAACGCGAACGACUUUUGAACCUCAGACAACCGGCGGUGCUUCAGAACAUCUUACAAGGACUGACGGUGCAAGCACUGAUAGCUCCACAAGCCCUAGUGCUUUCUACACUGAUGGGACAACUCUAGUGUUUGAAACGAGCACUGCCACCCCAGGAAGAACCUCCGAAAACAACGAGCCUACCACCGUAACUUAUAGGACAACUGCGCCUAGCAUGACUACUGAAACGCUGUCCACAACCGCACAACUCACUGAAAAGGCAACGACAGUGGUCCAAGUUACCAGUACCAAAGUGUUAGUGACUACCACAGUUACACCAGUGAGUAUAUGCAAACAACACCCUUGCAACAACGAUGGAAAGUGUGUCCUUGAGAAUGGAGGCCGUCGCUGCAGUUGUCCACCGGCCUGGCAAGGGGAUGACUGCAGUGAAGAUGUGGACGAGUGUUUGUCUAGUCUGUGCCCAGCGGACUCCACCUGUGUCAAUACCCACGGUUCUUUUACCUGCGAGUGUCCGCUAGGCUACACCCUGGAGGAAGGAAGGAGAUGUGCACUUGCCAGGACAUUCCUAGGCACUUUCCUUCUAAACGACACAAAUAUCCGGAUUACAGAAACUCAGGAAAUCCAAAGAGAAUUACUACACAUGCUCAACACAUCUCUCUCCCACUUUAGAGGCUAUUAUAGAUCUACAUUUACUAUCACCAGGGAAGCUAAUUGGCUGAACAUUUCUGCUGUGAACUUGUUUUCCAUUGCCUCUAAUGUGACCUCACAGGAAGUGCUUGCCAGUGUGCAGCAGUACAUGAGAAAGUGGAGCCCUACGAAUGAGCACAGUGACCUUCUACACAGCCUGGCCUACACAGCUGUAAGUCUGUGCAGCCUCAAGGUUCCUCGGUGCGACUUGGAUACGUCUCAGUGUUCUGAUGCCUAUGGGAUUGCAUUCUGUCAGUGCAAGCCGGGCUACUUCAAAUACAACGACAACGACCACUCCUGCAGAGCAUGUGAUGAUGGUCAUAAACUAGAAAACGGUACCUGUGUAAGCUGUCCGUUUGGUUUUGGUGGAUUUAACUGUGGAAACCCUUACAAAUUGAUCACUGUGGUAUUGGCAGCUGCUGGUGGAAGUCUGCUGUUAAUUCUGGGAAUAUCUCUCAUAGUUAUAUGCUGCAGGAAGGACAAAAAUGAUAUCAGUAAACUAAUCUUCAAGAGCGGAGAGUUUCAAAUGUCCCCGUAUGCUGAACAUCCCAAGAGCAACAGGAUUUCAGUGGAGUGGGGCAGAGAGACCAUAGAAAUGCAGGAGAACGGCAGCACCAAAAACCUCUUGCAGAUGACGGAUAUCUAUUACUCUCCUGGCCCCAGGACCCACGAAGUGGACAGAAACGGCCUCUUGCCUUACACUGGUUUACCUGGCUCUCGACAUUCUGCCAUCAUCUACCCGGGACAAUACAACCCUUCUUUCACCGGCGAUGAAGCUCGGAGGAGAGACUACUUUUAACAAUGACAACAAUUAGAGAUGUAUUUCUGACAGGGUCUCUUUAGAAAAGAGAAACGAAAAUAAGCCCAGUUUGAGAAUUGGGUUUGUCUGGGUCAGAAUGAAGCCUAACUGGAGUGGUGGUUUCAGUGUUUGAAUCUGCACUGUGAGAGAACGCUGCUGAAUGCUGCCGUGAAGGACGGUGCAUCUGAAGGAAGAACACGGCACCACCUUUUUGAUGCGAGUUGAGUGAAGAAUAUGGAAAGAAUUUCUGGAUUGCAAAGGUUAAAGAGUAAGUAGCGGGGUUGCGAAAAAUAUAGCUUUCUACAUCCCCACGCUACAACUUUUAAAUAAGGUACCUGGAAUUUUUCUUUUCAUUGUUAACAUCCUUUUUACACUUAUAACUUUCAACUCUAUUUCAAAGCUGUUUUUAAAAUGGCCGCUCCAGUGCACUGGGGUUUGAGAUUUGUCCUCUAAAUCACUGCAGGAAGAGCGAUUACAAAAAAUAAUCCUUACACUGUCAAUGCACUAGAGGGGCCAUUUUGAAAAGCGCUUUGAAACAGAGUUUAAAGUUCUAAGUGUAAAAAGUUGUCAGGAUGUUAACAAUAAAAAGAAAAAUGAUACUGUAUUUUUCAGAACCCCGCUAAGAGGCUCCUGAUUGGCCCUGAGUUAGCCCUGUGACACGGGCACGUUACCCUCUUUGUGCAAUGCGCGUUUCCUUUCAAUUACUACAGUACAGAGAGACUCAACUUUCACCCUGCAACACUUUGUAAGAUUGGUUUUGUUUAAUAUGAUUUCUUUGUAAAUUAUAACUUUUUUUUAUUUUAUUUUAUGAUAAUCAAAAUGCCUUCACUAAUAAUAAAUGUUUAUUUUUUUCAGUUUUUUUUUAUUUUUAUAUAUAUACAUGUUUUAAUGUAAUUUAUAUGAAUUUCUUUCCGUGACCGGAUUUCUUCUAGGGUUAUUUAAUCCCUGUUGAAUUUCAUCUCAUUGUAAAUACUUCCCUUCAACCAAUGUGUCCUAUUGAUCCUUAGAUUCCAAGAAUCUUAAUCUCUGCCUGCUUUUCAGAAGUGGACCUCUUCAGAACAGCUAAACCAGUCCUUCUUACAAAUACUAUUUUCAGGAAACACUAAUAUUAUUUCCCUCAAAGACUCUUCACACAUGUUACAGUAAAAUGAAACAUGACAGUGUUCUGGAUCCAACAGUAAACGGUAGCAUGAUGGUGGUUUUUGUUUUUCUAAUGUGUGUUGUUUGUUUACAAUAUAACUGGAACAUAUUUGUGAUUAAAUGUUAUUCCUAUGACCUUCCAUUUAAAGUCGUAUUCAUGGCUGGCCAGUAUUUGAAAAUGGUUUCACCUUGUGGACUGGGGACUCCUGUGUUAUUGAAAGACCCUGCCAUAUAAAGUCAUUGCCCCAUGGGCAGCCCAUAUGUGUUUAUGUUUAUUUGUUUUGUCUUCAAAUAUCCAAUAAAAAAAAAAUAUAUA